AAUCAAUCAGUCGCGCAGGAUCGCGAUUAACGACUUCAAUUGCUCACGAGGGUUUUUGGGAGUGGAAAAAGGUGUCUGUCCAUAUUUUGGCUACAGCGAUUGAGGCCCGCCUUUGUAAGGGUAAACAAAGGACGCCAUGCCUAUCGAAGUCAUUGACCUCUUGUCGAGCUCGAGUCCGCCUCCUCGAGCGCCGAUUGUGCGCCCGAGGAACACGUAUAAGGCGCCCCUAGAGGCGGCUGCAAGGCUCGCCAAAGUUGCAGGGUCGGACACUGUGUCUGUGGCGGCCAAGGCGAACGCAAGUGGUACCGGGGGUAAGAGGAGCGAUUCGUACGAACGCUUUAAGAGUACAGUCCGUGGAAAGGCGCAGGAGUGGAUAGGUCUCGACGACGAGGAUGUGUCGACGUUGCCAGCUGUUGUUUCAGAAGCAACGCGCAGCCCACCCGUGAGUACUGGUUGGGACUGGAGCAAGUUACCAGUUGAGCCAGAAUCCGCAUCACCGGUCUCCAAAAGGCCACAGCAUAAUGAUUUUAUGUUUCUUUCCGACGAUUCUCUUGAUUCCGGCAUCGCAGACACGUUGCGCCCACCCGCAGACUUACACCCUCCCCCAAGCAAAAGGCAGAGAGUGACGCCAGAACCCGCGACGCUGCCUCCGUUGAAGGAUAAAGGUUUUCGGAGAGUCGUCUCGGAUAUUUCAGCCGCGCCAUCGUAUUCCAAAACCACUACUGGGCCACCGAAGGCGAGUGGGUUGAAGAGGUCGGCGACGAGUGUUUUUGACGAUGAUCCAAUCACGUUUACUUCGUCGCCGGAUUUCCUGCAGUUGGCUGAGGAAAGGAGGCGUCAACGGAGGCGAGAGGUUGAGCGUGGAGAGGAUCUAUCUGAUAUUGAAGAAAACAGACCUGAAAAUACUGUUAGUAAGGCGGCGGUGGAUGUGUUCGACGACGAUGACUCGGAUUUUGACUUACCGGAUAUCGCUGUGAUGGCCUCCCAGGUUGCAUCCGGUCAAGUAUCCGCGAUUGCUCGUGCUCCUGCUGCGUAUAUCGCCUAUAAACCUGGCAGCGGCAAAAGUGCUGCAAAAGUUGAUAGACCCACACGUGUCGUCAAAACUGCAGAACAGAAGCAGGCCGAGAAGGAGGCUGAAGCUGAGCGUAAACAGCUGGUUCGGGAAGGUAAGGCGAGAGACAAACAGAUUGCGGCGGAUCUAGCAAAGGUCAACACCCUGCGCAUCGACAAGAAAGUCGCAACACCCGAGAUGAUUGCGGUGUUCCCAUCUAGCCUCGAUGAGAAGCUCAGGCAGCAGGCCGAGGGGUUCUUUGGGAAGAUAGGAGUUAACUACCAGGAGUGGGAUUGUAGUGGCACCGUGCAAAACGUGCUACGGUGGAAGAGAAAGGUGGAUGCAAAGUACAACGAAGCAGAGGGACACUGGGAACCUGUACCUUCGGUGGUUGAAGACGAGAAACACGUCCUUUGCUACAUGCCAGCCGCUGAAUUCGUGGCUCUCGGAACGAACGAGGAGGGGAAAGAUCUCGGCUCGCACGUGCUAAGGAUGAAGGCGCGGUUUGAUGGGUUCGAGAUAAUCUAUCUUAUUGAGGGUCUGACUACGUGGAUGAGGAAGAAUAGGAACGUGAGGAAUCGCCAGUUUACGGACGCGGUGAGGCGGCAGAUGGGUGAGGAGGAGGGGGGAACGAGCUCCCAGAGGUCGAGGAAGAAAGCUGCGGAGUAUGUUGAUGAGGAUAUGAUUGAGGAUGCGUUGCUGCGGCUGCAGGUUAUUCAUGGCGUUUUAAUUCAUCACACAACUGCUCUGGUGGAGACGGCGGAGUGGUUCGCGGUAUUUACGCAGCAUAUUGCUACCAUCCCCUAUCGCCGCCAACGUAUGGCCCUCGAUACAGCCUUUUGCAUGGAGACCGGGCAGAUCAAGACCGGCGAGGACGCACCGGAUACCUACGUCAGGAUGCUCCAGGAGGUCAAUCGCGUGACGGCUCCUAUUGCGUACGGAAUUGCAGCGGAGUAUCCGAGUGUCAAGACGCUGGUUGACGGCCUGAAGAAGGAGGGGAAGGAUACCUUGACGCAUGUGCGGAAGAGCGCGAAUAAGGAUGGGGUGUUUACGGACAAGGAGGUUGGGAAGAGUGUUAGCAAGCGGGUGUGGAGUAUUUUCACGGGGACGGACGAGGGAAGCACUGAUGUUUAGUUGGGUUACGGCCAGCUCCUUGGGGCACUCUUGCCGCCCAAACGUAUGAAGAGGAUUAAAACCGGCAUUUAAGAUAGUAGA